AUUUAUUGUUUUUUUUUUCCAAGCUGAGCGCAUAAACCUAGAUUUUCCUUAGCUGAAGGUUAGUUGUAUCUUUAAAGAUGCUCAGAAUUAGCCAUGGGGCAAUCUGUCACGCGAUGCAUAGACACUGAACCUCAGAGGCACUCAAAUUCAGAUGACAAUGGCUGAGAACCAACAGAUUCCAAACGAAAUUCCUGUAAACGACCUUCGUACAAGCGGAACAACAAAGAGAAAAAUCUAGACUGUUAAUGACCACCGCAAUAAAGAGUACUUACAUUAUGUUUUGCUUUAAUAGCAAUUAUUAUCGACCAAGCAGCAAGUACAUAAAACUUGAUGGGUCUUACGAGCAUAAAUAAUACUCGUAUUCGUACUUGCCACAGCAGCAGUGGACGGCAGACCGACCGACCUACCGACAAUUGCAGGCGCAGCUGAAGUCUCAAGGUCAGGUUGCAGGCUAAAUUUAACAUUGAAACUGCAUUGUCUGCGGCCAAGCGUUAACGGAGGAGUGGCCGGCAGUGUCCGCCCCAACCGGUUACACUGCAAAAGAUCUGACUAUCUGUUGCAGCUUCUUCUUCUCCCUCUUCUUCUUUUGGUUUAAUUUGGCGAUUUCAAAAGAGAAACAAAAGCCACGUAAGGCCCGGCGUGACAUUGAAUUGUAAAUGCAGAAGAUAAAGUAAAACGUGGAACGCAUAAAGUUUACCCAAAACGAAGCACAGCAAAGGAAAAGUAGUAAAUAAAAUGUAAGCCGACAUCCGAUGCAUGUGCAACUUUUUUUUAUGUUGCGCGAAAACCCACAGUGGCGGUGCCCUAGAGAUGAAAGCGUGAGUUGGUGGUUGGGUGAUCUGUGCUCCUCUACCUGAGUUCUAACUAUUUAAGUGUUGUUUUUGCUUUCUUCUAGCUGUCCGAAACCUUUCGCGGGUAGUCACGACCCCCAUCGCCAAAGCUCUGUGGCGUGCACAAACAACAACCUCUACGUUUUUGCAGUGCCUGCUCUGCUGCUGUUUGCGCUUUAUCCAAUUCACUGCUGCCUCACCUCACCUCCCCUCCCCUUCCCCUACCACUCAUUUAUCCACGAGUCAGCUGCUGCCACUCUGCUUCUUCGUUGUAAAAGACAUUGACAUUUUUUUUUGCACUCUUACUUUUUGUUCGACAUCGAACAAGGGGUAGAGUAACUUUGAUUAGAAGUUAGUCACUCAGCGAAAAAAGUUUCUCUGAGAAUAAAAAUGGUUUAUAUUAAUGGUUAGCAUCAAAAGUAGAGGUGCUAAGUGAUGUCCAUCUAUUAUGAGUAGUCAAUAUCAUGUACGCUUAUACCAUGGCUGCCAUAGCAAGAACCCAUCUGUAAGGGUAUCAAAGCUUCGGUUCACGGUGAACUUUCUUGUGCUCUCUCGCCGCAUCUCUCUCAUUCACUCUCCGUUUCUCUGUACUUUGUUGUCGUUGUUUAAUGGUUUUAUACAUCUUUUGUAGCUGUUGCUCUUGCUGUUGUUGUCGGUGCGGUGCCAUCGCAUUACGUCACUUUCACUGUAGUUUGCGGCUUAAGUCAGCAUUUGUUGAUUGUUGCUUUUGCUGAUUCUGCCGCCGCUUCUCUGCUUCUGCUUUGGUCCGUUGUUUGCACUUGUUUUUGGUACAAACAAGCAAAUUGCAAUAAAAAUGCUUGAAUUUAUGGUCCACUGGCAUACAUACACACACACACACACAGACAUAUAUUUUUCGUUUGGGAUGAUUUAUCUGAGACUUUUGUUCAACUUUUGGGUCACGACGGGCAGCGGCGGCAGCAACGGCACAAUUUAUGUCCGUUUACAGGGCAAACUUUGCUGUUCUUUUUUUUGGUUCAAGUUCAUCAGUUCGCUGGCUGCACUCGCCACUGGUUCCAGGCUCCGCAAUGGAGUCGUUACCACUAAUUUACAUGUUGUUUAACAGCAAAAAACUAUUAAAAAUACUGUGAUCAUAUUCAGUGUUAACAUAAACACAGCACGCAUACGCCCCGCCGAUUGGGUAUGCCAUCAUUGUUAGGGUCAUGAGGUUUGAUAAGAAUCUACCCACAAAAUAUCGCCAUUAGUGGACUCAACGUGGCCUGACUAAAUGGGAACCCAAAUGAGGCAAAUUUCUCAAUCAGCGCGUGGCGAGGCGGCUAGUUCCGAUUGAUCCGCUGGGACCAUGGGACCACUGCAAAGUCUGACCUUGGGCCUCAUUUGCAUGGCAGCGAAAGCCUACGGCGUGAGUCUCCCCAUUUAAACCAUCCGAGAUCUGCAUACUUUAGUUUUCUAUGAACUCCCAGCUCAAUCUGCAAAUAGAUAAAUUUCAUGCGACAUCUUUUGUGCCAAAUGAAAUCUGCUUCAGCUCGAGCAUCGAUCACCUGGAGGACAUCAACUUCAAUAUGACCAUCAGAGUGCCCUUUCCCGGCAAACUCCUCAUGCACAUAUUUGUGCGAAAGCUCUCGGACACGCCGGGGGGAGCGGACAUCAGCGAUUUGGUGCGCCUGAAGAACCGGGAUCUGUGCAAGAUGCUCGACUCGCUGCGGAAUAUCUCCACGGAUCAUGGGCAGGGCGAGAGCCUGCUGCCGUCCACCUUCUUCGUGUCGUGUCCCCUGGUGCCGGGGUUCUACUACGUGGCCAGCAGUCCCAUCGAUGUAAAGUUAUUUUCCUCUCGGGUGCCCGAUGGCAGAUAUCUGGCCCUGCUCGAACUGGUGCAGGUCUACGAGGAAGUCAUCAAAUUGGCUACCUGCAGAAUUCAGUUUAGCAUGAAGACGCCACCGGGCUAUGUGGAGAGAUCAGUUAUGAAUAGCAGUGCGGAGGAGCCACAGGUGGAAGAGUCUUCCAAGGAGCAGCCAGAAGACGCUUCAGAUGGUGCCUUAGAUGACCAUGAAUAAACCUUUAGACCUGCCGCAACUUUUUACCAUCUGUCUGUCUGUCAUCUUCUUGGUUUAAACGAAUUGACACAUUCACACACGGCCAGAGGCCAUGCCUGUUUAAUUGGCCAUCCCCAGGGGCAUGGGAAACAAAACCCUAAGAAACAGCUACAGAUAGAUGACAAUGCUCCAUUGUUGCAUCGAUAUUACAUAUGUAUGUAUAUGCAGCUGAUAUUUGUUAGAUAUUUUUAUAUCAAUCUCUGGCAUGUCUUGACCACUGGUAACAUUAUGCGUGUGUGUGGGGGGGCUUCUCUAAAUCCAUUUGAUUUACAUAUCUAGACCAGCUGCUCGUUUCCGGUUUUCGGAUAAGCUGCAAUCUCAUCGCCCUGACUCGGCACUUAUGCUGGCCUCCGCCCCUGCCCCAAAAGUUUUGGCUUGGCUUUUAUUGAUUUAGUGAUCUCGAAUACAUAUCGCGGUGAUCUUCACGUCCGAUGGCUAUUAGAAGUGUCAAAUAUUUAUGGUUCCCAUUCUCUAUCUGUCGCUGGCAAUCAUUUGAUUUAAUUGGCUUGGCCAUUGAUCAAUCCAUGGAAGGGUACAACACAAUAUCCGCAAAAUAUUUCACUUGAACUUGAAGGUGUUAAACGAGUUUAGGAUCCGAUUAGUGGGGGGCUUCUAAUAGUGAUAACUGAAUGCGUGGAAUCUUUUCGUCUCUUGCCUGACCAACCAUCACAGUGACCUUCAAUUGUGUGCAGCUUUUACACUUUUUUGGGGCAUUACUCAUCGAAGCGAACAGUCCCCUCAAUCCCCUCCGCUCCUCUCUGAUAGAGUCAACAGGGCGUGGCUUUGGUUUCAUUUUUCAGGCUGUCUUUUAGUUGUUGGUUUAGUUUUGCUGUUUAAAUACGAGCGGACCCACUGCCUGUCUGAUUUGCACAGCAACUUGAAGACUCGAAGACACCUGCCCAACAAGGGCCUUGCCCCCCACCGCACCGCACCGCACCUCUUGGCCUCUGGCCUGCAGUAUUUAUUUUUUGGCCAGUUUCUUG